AUGUCCGCGGGCUGGUUCCGCCGCCGCUUCCUGCCCGGGGGCCCCGGCGGCCCGCUCCCCGCGGCCCCGCGCUCGCCCCGGCCGCGUGCCAGCCCCGUGCCCUACCGGCGGCCCCGCUUCCUGCGCGGCUCGGCCUCCGGCCCCGCCGCCCCCGACGGCCCGCGCCGCCCGGACGCCCGGCCCGUGCGCUGCCCCGCGCGCGGCCGCGCGCUGCCCUGGAACGCGGGCUACGCCGAGAUCAUCAAUGCAGAGAAAUCUGAGUUCAAUGAGGAUCAGGCCGCCUGUGGGAAGCUGAGCAUCCGGAGGUGUGAGUUUGGGCCUGAAGAGGACCAGGAGUGGCUGACCUUGUGCCCAGAGGAGUUCCUGACCGGCCAUUACUGGGCACUGUUUGAUGGGCACGGCGGUCCAGCUGCAGCCAUCCUAGCUGCCAACACCCUGCACUCCUGCCUGCGCCGGCAGCUGGAGGCCAUAGGAGAGGGCAUGGUGGCCACUCCGCCCCCCAUGCACCUCAGCGGCCGCUGUGUCUGCCCCAGUGACCCCCAGUUUGUUGAGGAAAAGGGCAUUAGGACAGAGGACUUGGUGAUCGGGGCUCUGGAGAGCGCCUUCCAGGAAUGUGAUGAGGUGAUCCGGCGGGAGCUGGAGGCCUCAGGCCAAGUGGGUGGCUGCACAGCCCUGGUGGCUGUGUCACUGAAGGGGAAGCUGUAUGUGGCCAACGCCGGAGAUAGCAGAGCCAUCUUGGUACGGAGAGAUGAGGUACAGCCUCUGAGCUCUGAGUUUACCCCAGAGACUGAGCGACAACGGAUCCAGCAAUUGGCCUUUGUCUACCCUGAGCUUCUGGCUGAUGAGUUCACCCGACUGGAGUUCCCUCGGCGUCUGAAGGGGGAUGACUUGGGGCAAAAAGUUUUGUUCAGGGAUUACUACAUGAAUGGCUGGAGCUACAAGUGCGUGGAGAAGUCGGAUCUCAAGUACCCACUGAUCCACGGACAGGGUAGGCAGGCUCGGUUACUGGGAACACUGGCCGUCUCCCGGGGCCUGGGAGACCAUCAGCUCAGAGUCCUGGACACAAACAUUCAUCUCAAGCCCUUCUUGCUCUCUGUCCCACAGGUGACAGUGCUGGAUUUGGACCAGUUGGAGCUGCAGGAGGAGGAUGUGGUAGUCAUGGCAACUGAUGGGCUCUGGGAUGUCCUGUCCAAUGAGCAGGUGGCACAGCUAGUGCGGAGCUUCCUCCCUGGCAAUCGAGAGGACCCACACAGGUUCUCGGAGCUGGCCAAAAUGCUGAUACACAGCACACAGGCGAAGGAUGGCAGUCCCACAACGGAAGGGCAGAUGUCCUACGAUGACGUCUCUGUGUUCGUGAUCCCCUUGUACAGCCAGAGCCAAGGGAGCAGUGGCCACUGA